AUGGCACCACUCAUUAUCAGCACUAUUACCAACAUUGAAUGGAUAGAUGUUGAUUUUUGUUAUUGCCCUCCUGAUGAGGAUAUGUUUUCCAGGAUGGAAAAACUGGAUCUAAGAGGCUCAGGCGGUCUAGCUGUCUCUUUGGGUGCUGUGGUAGCAGUGUCAGGGGCAUUCAUAGUCACCCUCUACAAGGGUCCACAAAUCCUGAUGGUUUCUUCCCCUUCUAAUUUUGCUCAUCAUCAUCUCUAUUCACAAGUAUCGAACUGGGUCCUUGGAGGCAUUUUUCUCUCAAUGACUUCCAUUCUAACUGCAAUCUGGAACAUCUUAAUGGCAGCAACUGUGAAGGAUUUCGCAGAAAAAAUCACAAUCGUGUUUUUCUUCUGCUUUUUUUCAACCAUCAUAGGUUCAAUUUUCACUCUUAUCGCGGAACAAAAUCUAAAUGCAUGGACCUUGAGGCUUGACAUGGAGAUGAUUGCUAUUGUCUAUGCAGUGAGGAAUCUUUUCUUUUUGUUUCGAUUGGUCUCAUCUGUUGUGUUUGGAUUGGGGUCAAAAUUGUUAUAAGAUGGAUGCGCUUUGUCAAAUUUUAUUUUUUGAUGCUGCAUCCUCCCUACUUUUCUGAACCAAUUUUUAGUAACUUCUAUGCUCAUUCCAAUUUCCAUUCAACAGUCGUGUAGAUUGACAACUUGCAAACUUGGUUUCUUUAUUUUCUUUUAUUAGUAUUUGACAAAACUUGAAAGGAGUUUGCAUAUCACAUUUAAUAACAGGCCUAUAUUCUUG